AAGUGACUCAAAAAAUCUAAUAUUUCUCCACCGGCACUAGACACAGGCGCACAGUAAGUCUUCUCUAUAUAUCCAAACAACAAUCAUUCGUUUAUCCCAGUUUGUUUUAGCUGUGACUACAACAUCCACAAAGAUAUUGAAGCAUCUCUCAGUUGAGUUGAAAUAGUGCUGUUCAGUAGGCCUGCUGUCAAACAUUUUGCGUGCCGGGUGGUCGAUAUUAGACCAAGAAGAAACACUUCGAAUUGCGUGGAAGUCCGAAGGAGAAAAGAUGCUACCGACUCGUGUGGGAAUCACCGGGCUGACAGCAUGUUGCCUGGUGUUGCUUUCCCACUGUUUUGCUCCUACAGAUGCUGCGUAUACAUGUGGGACAAGUCAGUUCAGGUGUGGCAACGGGAAAUGUAUCACCAGCCGGUGGGUGUGUGACGGAGCUGAUGACUGUGGUGAUGGAACUGACGAGCUGCCAGCCGCCUGUGAGGCUAAGACCUGCCUGCCCACUGAGUUCAGCUGUGGAGGCCCACUGAACAAGUGUAUCUCCGGAACGUGGCACUGUGAUGGCGAAGCUGACUGUGACAAUGGAGCUGAUGAGAAGAGCUGCGCCGCAAAGAACUGCACCGACGACGAGUUCCACUGCUCCAACGGUCAGUGCAUCGCCGUCUCCUUCGUGUGCGACAAGGACAAGGACUGUUCCGAUGGUUCUGACGAGACUUCCUGUCCCACCGCCACCUGCGGUUCCAACGCUUUCCAGUGUAACAACACUGUGUGUGUACCGCGUUUCUGGGCCUGCGACGGCGACGCCGAUUGUGCCGACGGUUCAGACGAGUGGCCCCAGAACUGUGGCGGGAGGGACACCAAACCGACAACAAAGCCCUGUGGGCCACAUGAAUUCCACUGUGGGAGUGGGGAGUGUAUCCAUAGGAGUUGGAGCUGUGAUGGAGGCAAGGACUGUCAGGAUAAUUCAGAUGAAACCAACUGCAGUCGGCCCACUUGCCAGCCAGAUGAGUUUCAGUGUAACGAUGGCUCCUGUAUCCAUGGUAGCCGUCAGUGUGACCGCCAGUUUGACUGCAAGGAUCUGAGCGAUGAGAUGGACUGCAAGAGCGUGGAUGCGUGUGAGGGCCCGAAUAACUUCAGGUGUAAGAGUGGGGAGUGCAUCACCGUGGACAAGGUGUGCAACGGGCAGAAAGACUGCCGAGACAUGUCCGACGAACCUAUCAGGGAGUGUGGCAACAACGAGUGUUUGACCAAUAACGGCGGUUGCUCUCACACCUGUACCGACCUGAAGAUUGGCUUCAAUUGCUCCUGUCCUGCUGGGUACAGUCUGUGGAAGGACAACAGGAAAUGUGAAGACAUUGAUGAGUGUGCUGACCCAGACACCUGUACCCAGAUCUGUGUGAACAUCCUGGGAAGUUACAAGUGUGAGUGUGAGGAGGGCUACGAACUGGACCCCAAGACCAAGACCUGCAAGGCUGCCACAGGUACUGUCCCCUACCUGUUGUUCACCAACCGCCACGAGGUGAGGAAGAUGACUGUGGACCGUAGAGAGUACGUCCCUCUCAUCCCCAGCCUGAAGAACGUGGUGGCCCUGGACAUGGACAUGCCUGGACACAGGAUCUUCUGGUCUGACCUGCACCACAGGAAGAUCUACAGCGCCGACAUGAAUUUGGCAGGGAACUCCUCCCACCACAGCGUGGUGAUUGACAGCCAGAUGGAGGCGCCGGAGUGUCUGGCCGUCGACUGGAUUCACGGUAACAUCUAUUGGACGGACAGCGUGCUCCAGACCGUCUCCGUGGCAACCACGGACGGAACACGGCGAAAGACGCUGAUCAGCGAAGGACUGGAGAAACCAAGAAGCAUCGUGGUGGACCCAGCCAACAACUUCAUGUACUGGACUGACUGGGGCAACGAGGCCAAGAUCGAGAAGAGUGGGCUGAACGGUGCCAACCGCGUCGCCUUGGUUACGGACAACAUCAUGUGGCCCAACGGCAUCACUCUUGACAUGGUUAACCAGCGUCUGUACUGGGUGGACUCUAAGAUGCACACCCUCUCCAGCAUCGGCGUAAACGGAGAAGGACGACACACACUCAUCUACAACGAGGACAAGCUGGCUCACCCCGUCUCUCUCGCCGUCUUCGAGGAGAAAGUAUUCUGGACCGACAUGGACGACAGAGCAGUCAUGAGCGCCAACCGCCUGACAGGAAAUGACAUCACUGUACUGGCGGAGGACCUGGUGCAGCCAGAGGAUAUCAUUGUAUACCACAACCUCAAGCAGCCCAUCGGAAAGAACUGGUGCACAGAGAAAAACUUUGUGAAUGGAGGUUGUGAGUUCCUAUGUCUGCCUGCUCCUCAGAUCAACCAACACUCCCCCAAAUACACCUGUGCCUGUCCUGAUCAGAUGACCCUCGGCCUGGACAUGAGGAAGUGUGUGGCAGCUCCAACAACUACCGCUCCCCCCACCACUCCCAAAACUGUAGCCCCCAUCCCUACCGGGGCCCCAACCAAACAGCCAGCUCGUCCCACUUCCACCACAACUACAACAACUACCUCCUCCGCCCGCCGUGCCCAGCCUCAGGACCCCGAUACGUCCUCGACUGCUCACAGUCCACAGGAAACUGCGGUCACAGGUCAAAAUGGCUAUGUUGCCAUGCCCAAAGUAGCUGAGGCAUCACACCAUACUGUGCUCUACAUUGUCUUACCUAUCAUGAUGAUGUGCCUGGUGCUGUUUGGUGCAGUGUUGCUAUGGAGACACUGGAGGCUGAAGAACACCAACACCAUCCACUUUGACAACCCCGUGUACCAGAAGACCACAGAGGACGAGUUGCACAUCUGUAGAAACCACAGCCAGGACGGAUACACCUACCCACAGAGGCAGAUGGUGAGCCUGGAAGAAGACCUGGCAUGACUAGUAGAAGAAGAAGAAGUGGAUAUGAAGAAUUGUAUUUAAAGAGAGAGAGAUUUUUGUUUGAAAAAGUGACAAGGUCAUUUUAACCCUAAUGCUACUGACACGUCCUUUCCAAUCCUUUGAUGAUGACCUCAUCUCGAUGACCUAAGUUCCUGGCUUCCUGUUCCGAAGAUUCCGUUCCGACCUCAACACUGUGCUGCCAGCCAAGACGAAUAAGAAGGAAAAAAGAAGCUCAAAAGAAGAAAAACUUGGUUGCCGUGAAAACCCACCCAAAACAAAGGAAUGGAUGAAGAUGAAACAUACAAACGGAAUCACAAUGACAACCAUCUAACACAGCUUCCACUUUGUUUGGUUUUGUUACAUAUCACUUAGCAGCUCUUUUGUAAAUGAGUGUACAUUUGGCUACUUACUGUAAAAUAGGUCAACUUUUGUUCUAAUGUUGCAUAAGAUUGUGUAUAGCACUGUACAGUAGACGUCCUACACUUCCAACCCAUUUGAUUCUUGAGUUCAGUUUGAUCCCACUUCCUUUGUCAGCCUGACAAAAGCACUAGAAAACACAAUUAGCACGAUAUGAAGAAUGUGUUGAAGAUAGUGAGUUUAAAACGGGUUGCAGUCAAAAAGCUGUCUUGUCAUAUCUUUUGAAGGUCAAAAACGGUACCUAGUUUGUAUGUUUCUGGUGUACUUAACAAUGGACAUUGAGAUCUCUGGAUGGCCUUGCCAUCUGACAUUGACACAUGCACGUGCCUAGUCACUUAGCACCAAACAGCACCAAACAUCACCACAUCUUAAAGUGGAGACUUUCCCAGUGGGGACAUUGAACUAUGGUGUGACACUACUCUGAGCUGAAACGUGUGAGUUGUCGGCACUACUCAAAGCUGAAACGUGAGUUGUCGGCACUACUCAAAGCUGAAACGUGAGUUGUCGGCACUACUCAAAGCAGAAACGUGUGAGCUGUCAUUGGUCUCUUUACAUAUUUGUGCCUUUGCCAUCAUCAAUGCAAGCAUUUCUAUACUCACUCCAGCAAUGUGUGUAAUGUCUAGUGACGUACAUGUUCUUACGGUAUGUGGUAUACAGUGUUUAGAAGAACCCAAAUGCCUUAUGACCUCCUUUCACUAUAGUCAACUAUAGCUGACAUAAUAGUUAUCUUGCCUUUGCACGUGCAGCAGACAUUCUGUCUCUUGGUAAAUAUGAUCUUAUAGCCCCUGUCAACUGUUGCCUUACUCAAGUUACUGAGUUGAGUUGUUGCCUUAUUGCCUUCUAUCUGGUUAUGGCUUUACACGCCUUGUGCAUUUUCGAUAUAUUCCAAUUUGUGCAUCAACAAGUUACAUCCAAAUCAAUAUCGAUGAGCAUUGUUUGUUUUGUGGCCAAUUUUAAAGAUCGCUGAAGGCCAGCAGCUGAAGGCUACUUGAAGGCCAGCAGCUGAAGGCUACUUGAAGGCCAGCAGCUGAAGGCUACUUGAAGGCCAGCAGCUGAAGGCUACUUGAAGGCCAGCAGCUGAAGGCUACUUGAAGGCCAGCAGCUGAAGGCUACUUGAAGGCCAGCAGCUGAAGGCUACUUGAAGGCCAGCAGCUGAAGGCUACUUGAAGGCCAGCAGCUGAAGGCUACUUGAAGGCUACUUGAAGGCCAGCAGCUGAAGGCUACUUGAAGGCCAGUAGUUGAAGGCUACUUGAAGGCCAGCAGCUGAAGGCUACUUGAAGGCUACUUGAAGGACAGCAGCUGAAGGCUACUUGAAGGCCAGUAGUUGAAGGCUACUUGAAGGCCAGCAGCUGAAGGCUACUUGAAGGCUACUUGAAGGACAGCAGCUGAAGGCUACUUGAAGGCCAGUAGUUGAAGGCUAACUGAAGGCCACUGGUUUAUGUCUGUAUGCUGCUCACUGUUCUAAAGAGUUAAGCCAUGAAGAAAACACCCUCCAUUUGAUUUUUUUGUUUUAUUGAGGUGGAAAGCUGACAAAAUAAAUUAUGGUGAAUGAUGUUGAAUGACAUCCUGGUAUGAUAUGACAAUAUUAAUUAUAAUUUUUUAGAAUAUGUAUAUAGUUUGUUUGUUUCUGUAAAUACUACAUCCUCAGUUCGCUGUGGUAUCACCCUGUUCAUUUUGUACAUUUUAAAACGUGAAAAAUAUGUUGUACAUAUUACAGAUUUGUUUUAUUUAUUUAUAUAUAUACAUAUAUAAAUAUCUUGAUGGGAUGUUUUCUUUUCCCAAGCUCUCGUGUCUACUGUGAAUGGUUACACAGUUGUUAAUAUUGUCCCAUCAUCAUAACCAACCAACCAAUGUUCAUUAUCUUCAUUCAUUAUCCAUUGAAUCAUUAUCUUGGUUGUGUGAAUGACAUUACUGGUUCUGAACAACGGUGUAAAGUUCAGAUCCAUAUAUAGACAUAUCUAUGGUUCUGGUGAAGUUAAUGUUUGUUCUGUUAUAAGGUUGUGUUUUCAUUCAAAGCUGAUUGAAGAUCUUACAUUUUAUAGACUAAAUUGCCCCUGUUGUGCAGUGUUUUAUGACAUCAGUUGUGAUCAUGGUUAUCAGUUGUGGUGUGUAAAGCACAAUGUUGUGUAUCACCCUAAGAUGUACGAGUCCACAGGACAGAGCAUCAGCUGCAGCUUGCCUGUUACAUGCAAAAUGCUCUUCUUGUUGAUUCUUAAUUCUCCUCUUCAGAGAAUCCAAUCUCAAAGUGACCAUUGUUUUGUUUUUGUGAUUAUUUUGUUAAAUAAAAGAUAAAACCUGAUCAUUA